AUGGACAGGAUAAGUCAGUUGCCAGAUGAGCUUCUACUGAAAAUAUUGGCCUUACUUCCUAGUAUGAAAGAUGUUGUGGACACUAUGCUUUUGUCAAAACGAUGGCAGUUUCUUUGGAUGAUGGUUCCAACAAUCAAAUACAAUGAUACGCUUGAUAGGUAUAGUAAGCACAAGUACGGAAGCUUUUCAUUGUUUGUAGACAAAUCUUUUUCUAAGCACGAGGCUCCCAUUAUAGAAACUUUACUUUUUAAACUUGAUCAUAUCUCUGGUUGCGGGAACAUUCAAGCGUGGAUGAGAUCUGCUGAUAAACGUUGUGUGCGUGAGCUGAUUAUCCAGAUCGAUACUCUUACUUUUAAAAAGCCAGUCUCACUUCCUUGGAGCUUGUUUAGUGGGGGGUGUAGAAUGCUUGUGACCUUGAAACUAACUAAUGCGGUUCUUGUGGAUGAUUUUACUUCACCAAUUUCUUUCCCAUCCCUCAAAACGUUGAGUCUUGAGUCCAUGAAGUAUCCAAGUGGUGAAUUUGUCAAGAAGCUUUUAUCCAACUGUCAUGUCCUUGAAAACUUGGUUGUGGAGCAAUGUCAUGUUGACAGUGUUAACAUUUUCACUGUUAUUGUGCCUUGUCUAAAGAGUUUAGUCAUGAAGACAUUAAAUACCAGAGUUGGAAAUGAUGCUCAAGGAUUUGUUAUAGAUGCUCCUUCUUUGGAAAAAUUCAACAUUCUUCAUUCGAGUGGGUUUUGUAUCUUUGAGAAUGACAUGACUAAGGUUGUGGAUGCAAAUCUUGUCGUUGUUAAUUGGAAGUUAUGGAAGAAGUUGGGUUCUAUUGCUUCGUUCAAGCGCCUUUAUCUGUGCGUGCCAUCCUCAAAGGAUGUGUAUACUGCUCGUAGUGUCUUCACCAGUCUUGUACAUUUGAAGAUAUGCACAUGUGAGACAGAAUGGGUAAAUCUACUUAUGCGUGUGCUCGGAGAUUCUCCAAAUUUACGAGCUCUCAAACUUGACCAGUGCCAUCCCCUUCGAUCUUAUGAGCCACGCCCAUGCUGGAACCCGUCAUGGAAUGAACCGAGCUCAGUUCCUGAAUCUUUGUUAUCAAAUCUUGAAACUUUUGAAUGGGUAACAUAUGAAGGAGCAGAAGAAGAGAUAGAAGUAGUAGCGUUUGUUUUUAGAAGCGCGAAGUAUUUAAAGAAGGCAGCUAUUAAUAUUCACAGUAAAACCAAUGACACUGACAAGAAACUUGAGGUGAUCAAGGAGUUGUUCUCUUCAUCGAGGGGUUCACCAGCCUGUGUGCUUGAGUUACGCUAA